UUGAACUUCCUCUGUCAGCAGGCUGGUGGACACGGAGCGCAGUGAUUUACGCACCAGAUCUUCAGCCAGCGACCUGCUCACUGCUCCACCUGAGCCGCGCAACUCCUCCACCCUGAAGAGACGGAUCUUUAAAAAAAAGUUUUUUAUUCUUCAUAAUCUCUUCCUGCUGCAGACGUCUUCUCACAGCCAGAUCUCUGUCAGCAUCUGGAGCAGAGGGCUCUGUUCCAAUUCAUUAAAAGCUCACAGCCGGAGACAGCUUCUUCCAGCCACAUUCAAUCCGAGAGCAUCACCAGUGUCACUAUACCGAGGAUGAGUGGUGAAUCCCUCCACUGGCUGAGGGGCGCGUCCCUGCUGCUGCUGCUCCAGGCCGCCACCUCCAUGGUGAUGCUCCCCAACGCCACGGGCUGGCAGCAGAUCCUGGACAAGUAUCUGGACGAGGACGGGGACUGGUGGGAGGCCAAGCAGAGGGGCAGGAGGGCCAUCACGGACAGCGACGCUCAGCUCAUCCUGGACAUCCACAACAAGCUCAGAGGCCAGGUCUACCCUCCCGCGUCCAACAUGGAGCACAUGGUUUGGGACACAGAGUUGGAGCGCACAGCAGAGGAGUGGGCUGAGACCUGUCUGUGGGAGCACGGCCCGGCAGGAUUACUGCCACAGAUCGGGCAGAACCUGGGGGCUCACUGGGGAAGGUAUCGUCCACCCACCUUCCACGUGCAGGCCUGGUACGAUGAAGUGAAAGACUACUCCUUCCCUUACCCGCAGGAGUGUAACCCCCACUGCCCCUUCAGAUGCUCCGGCCCAGUUUGCACUCAUUACACACAGCUGGUGUGGGCCACCAGCAGUCGGAUCGGCUGUGCAGUCAACAUGUGCUACAACAUGAACGUGUGGGGACAGAUUUGGGCCAAAGCCGUCUAUCUCGUCUGCAACUACUCACCGAAGGGAAACUGGUGGGGCUAUGCGCCUUACAAACAUGGCACCUCUUGCUCCGCCUGCCCCCCCAGCUAUGGAGGUAGCUGCAAGGACAACCUCUGCUAUAAAGAUGACAGUUCCUAUCCUCCACAAGAGGAAACGGAGGAGAACAACUUCAUCGAGCAGGAGGCCCCUCGCGCUCCGCAGAAGCCCCGCCCCCGGGCCUCCAAACCCGAGCCGCCGAGUCUCCCUGCCCCGGCUCCCACCAAGCCCCCCACAGAGGACCUGCAGAAGAAUGAAGUGGUCAACACACAGCAGAUGUGUCAGCUCGUGACCUGUGACACUAAGCUACGAGAUCAGUGCAAAGGAACGGCGUGCAACAGAUAUGAGUGUCCUGCCGGGUGCCUGGACGCUACAGGAAAAGUAGUUGGGACAGUUUACUAUGAAAUGCAAUCCAGUGUGUGCAGAGCCGGUCUACAUGCUGGUGUCAUCGAUAAUGAUGGAGGAUGGAUGGAUGUAACAAGACAAGGCCGAAAGGACUUUUUCAUCAAAUCCAACAAGAACGGAGUCCAGUCUACAGGAAAAUACCAAAGUGCUAAUUCCUUCAUCGUUUCCAGAGUUACAGUCAAAGCCAUCACAUGUGAGGCCACAGUUGCACAGUUGUGUCCUUAUCAAAAACCUGCAAAACACUGUCCAAGGUUAUACUGCCCGAGAAGCUGUUCAGAAGGGAACCCACACAUAUCCAGAGUCAUUGGAACCAGAAUUUACUCUGAUAAGUCCAGUAUAUGUCGGGCAGCAGUCCACGCUGGAGUCAUCAGGAACGAAGCGGGCGGUUACCUUGAUGUGAUGCCAGUGGACAAACGAAAACAUUACAUUGCUUCGCACCAAAAUGGCAUUUCCUCAGAGAGCCUUCAGAACCCCCCCGGAGGAAAGGCGUUCCGGGUGUUCGCCGUGAUUUGAGUGCCCCCCCGAGGGCGGCUUCACCAAACAGAAAGUGCACUUGGGCGGUUGAAUAGGCGGUAAUCAAGCCCUGUUGUCAAACUCAAUGAGUGAAAUGUUUCUGGCUUUGCUACACCGCAGGGGUUAGGGGUCGUCUCCGUGACAGUGUAAACCCAGCAACAAACACUUGACACACACACACACAAUAAGAACCUGUUUCUCCUCCCUUGCAUGGAGUCUGAAUUCUGUCUUCAUGAACUGUAAAUAUCCCUGAAUGGUUUGCUCUAGGUUCUUGUACAUAUCUGUUAAUAUAAAAUGUUUUGUCUUUGUGCCGUUGUCUUGCCUUUUCAAACAAGUAGCUCUUUACAAAUACUGAUUAUAGAAACACUAUGAUAUAACAACGUAAUGGCACUUAAGGAUAAAUAUCAUGAUUAUUGUCUGGCACAUUUUUACUGGUGCUCUGGAGGGGUGUCUUGUCAUAUUUUGUACUUUUUUGAAUGAUUGGAGAACAGAUUGUUAUACUUUUAUUUUUAUAUGAUUAUGCUUUACAGUGACAUGAUUCAUAAAGGAUGCUGCUAUAUGUUCUCUUUUUGUAUUGUGGUUGGAAUUUGCUAGUGUGAUGUGGUUUAGUUAAAACUCCCUGCAGGUCAGGAAGUCCUCUCAUCCGUCAGAGUCCUUGUUCUCUUAACAAAACCUAUGCACCUGACUACAGAAACAAUACUAUGCAGCAGCUUCAUUUCAUGCAGUGUGCUGGGGAGUGACAACAAAUAUAUCUGCUCAUAUUUUUUUAUUUUACCAGCCCUUGUUUUUCAUCCUGCAGUCUUUAUUAGGGGCAAUUCAUUGUAUUGUUGUGGCUGUUUCUCUGUGCAUUAUAUAUGUAUAUAUAUAUAUUUUCCUACCUCAGGUUGUUAGGAA